CACAAACUAUCAUUAUUAACUCAGAACUGAUAAUAAGAUAAACAAGAAAGUCGUAACGUAACAAAACAGCUUCUUCUUCUGCUGUUCCCGAUCGAUCAUUCAAUCAAAGAAAAAAAAAAUGGCGGAUACUUUAUCUGCUUUGAGAUCUUUAAUGGCGUCACACACUCCUCCUCUUGAUGCCCUUGUUGUUCCUUCUGAAGAUUAUCAUCAGAGUGAGUAUGUAUCUGCUAGAGACAAAAGGCGUGCUUUCGUUUCUGGAUUUACUGGCAGUGCUGGUUUGGCACUUGUAACAAAGGAUGAAGCACUCCUUUGGACGGAUGGACGGUACUUUUUGCAGGCAGAAAAACAAUUAAGUAAACAGUGGAGGCUUAUGCGUAUGGGAGAAGACCCAUCUGUAGAUCAAUGGAUAUCUCUUUGUUUACCUCAAGAAUCAGCUAUUGGGAUUGAUUUUUGGUGUAUAUCAGUAGAAACUGCACAGAAAUGGAAAACUUUGUUCGCAAAAAAGCAACAAAGUUUAGUUCCCACAACCACAAACUUGGUUGACGAAGUUUGGAAAGAUCAACCACAGCCUCAAUUCAACCUCGUUACUGUACAUCCUCUAAAGUUUUCUGGUCGUUCAGUUUCAGACAAGCUAAAGGAUUUGCGAGACUAUCUUAAAAAGGAAAAAGCCCGUGGAAUUAUAAUUACAACACUCGAUGAGGUUGUAUGGUUAUAUAAUGUUCGUGGUGGUGAUGUGUCUUAUUCUCCUGUUGUUCAUGCAUUUGCCUUGGUAACAACAAAAUCAGCUUUCUUUUAUGUAGACGAAAGAAAGUUGUCUUCGGAGGUCAAAUCCUAUAUGGAGGAAAAUAAUAUCAUAGUAAAAGAGUACAGUGCGGUAAGUUCUGAUGUAGCAUUGCUUGGAUCGAAUAAGCUAAUGUCAGCAACGGAAACACAAUCAAAUGGUACACAUGAAACAGAGGAUGAUAGCCAUAAGAUUUGGGUUGAUCCUCGAUGCUGCUAUUCUUUGUAUUCGAAAUUAAACCCCGAGCAGGUCCUCCUGCAACAGUCACCUUUGGCCCUGCCAAAAUCCUUAAAGAAUUCUGUAGAGAUGGAUGGGCUAAAAAAUGCCCAUAUUCGGGAUGGUGCAGCUAUUGUGCAAUACUUUGCAUGGCUAGAUAAACAGAUGCAGGAAAUCUAUGGUGCUUCGGGUUACUUCAAGGAAUCAGAGAGCCAAAAUUCUACAAAGCAAUCAGAUGUGAAACUGACAGAAGUGUCGGUAAGUGAGAAGCUAGCGGAGUUCCGUGCAGCGAAAGAGCACUUCAGAGGGUUGAGCUUCCCUACUAUCUCAUCAGUUGGUCCAAAUGGGGCAGUUAUUCACUAUGAACCGGAAGCUAAAACAUGCGCUGAGCUUGAUCCAAAUAGCAUGUAUCUUUGUGACUCCGGAGCUCAGUAUCUGGAUGGGACAACGGAUAUAACUCGGACUGUUCACUUUGGAAAGCCUACCGAACAUGAAAAAAAAUGUUUUACUGCAGUUCUUAAGGGUCACUUUGCUUUGGGUAAUGCACGUUUUCCUAAUGGAACAACAGGUCAUGCUCUUGACGUUCUUGCUCGAGUUCCACUAUGGUCAUAUGGUCUUGAUUAUAGACAUGGAACUGGUCAUGGGAUAGGGUCUUACUUAAAUGUGCAUGAAGGGCCACAUUCAAUUAGUUUUAGACCUGGUUUGAGCGUCCCGCUGCAAGCUUCAAUGACUGUAACAGAUGAACCUGGUUACUAUGAAGAUGGCAAAUUUGGUAUAAGAUUAGAAAAUGUGCUUAUAAUCAAGGAGUCCGCAACACAAUUUAACUUUGCUAACAAAGGUUACUUGGAAUUCGAGCACAUAACAUGGGCACCGUAUCAGACAAAGUUAAUAGAUGCGAGCCUUCUUCUGCCUGAAGAAAUAAAAUGGGUGAAUAGCUAUCAUGCGAAAUGUAGAGAGAUCCUGGCACCAUAUCUCGAUGAAUCCGAGAAGGCGUGGCUCAAUCAAGCUACUGAGCCUAUUGCUGCUUAAUUCACUUUGUUUUAUUUCCGAUAUUUUAAUAAGACUGAAGUAAACCAUGUUACAGUAUAUCCUUAUUCAUAUGUUGAUAAACUUUUAAUAAGGUACCAGAAAUUAACACUUGA